AUGGAUAUUCAAAGCUUAGUUGGAUUCACUUUCACAUCGGAAAAAGCAAAGAUACAAACAGAACUUCUGGGUUUGAGAGCCCAGUGUAUUGAAGUGGAAUUACAACAUUCAAUAACAACCCAAGUUUCCAUGGGCAACCAUAAUAUUAAUUUAAUCUUAAAGAAAAAAGAAUUCGGAGUGGAUACGUUUUCCCUUCACAUGUCAGUCGACUAUUCCUAUUCCCAUCUGUGAGUUAUUCCGAAGUUUGGAGUGAGACAAUUGAUUGAACAUGUUUGUGAAAUAUUUCACCAUCAGAAGAUUGAGUUUUCCCAGCGUGGUUUAUCUCUAGAUGAUCCACUGAAUACAUUUGAGAUGUUCGAUGGAAUUAACUUUGGAAAGUUUACCACACGUAUCUUUCAGAAUCUCAAGGGUUCUUAUUAUCAAAAAGGUCUGAAAACGUUUUCUCUCCAAUCUGAUUCAGUUGACCUGAUCGCCAACCCAUUUGACGAUCCGAUACAAAUGAAUGCAGUUUUAUGCCAAAACCUACACGAAACUUCGUUGAAAUGGUUUUUUAAAGCACAACCUGAAGACUUAUUGAUAUCCAAUUCUCGUUAUCUGUCGAUAAGCGAAGACAUGAAUUCAAAGAAGGUCAACCUAUUUUUGAAACAUUGGAUUCACGGAUCCAACAAGAGAAUGGAAUAUUUUGAUGUGUGUUUCCGAGUUGUUAGGUUUAAUGAUGAUGUUCUCAAAGUUCUCUUCAAGAACCUGGAUUACUGUAUUGCACCUGUGGAAAGAGAAUUAUUGGUUCAACCACCUGGAGAAAAGGAACAAAUUGUCAAAGGAGGAUAUGAUGUGAGACGAAUGGAUGGAACAGUAGCAACUAUUAUUGUAGAUCACAUUCAAUCACUGUUGAAAAUGUUUGUGCGCGGUUAACUUGUUAUUUGUAUAAUUUUGCUUGUAUUUGUUAAAUUUGGAGUACUUUAGUAAAUAAAGAAUAUAUAAUAACAAUAA